AGGAAGUGUGCGCGGAGAGAAAACGGAGCAAUCGAGCGGAGCGGUUGGAACAGGCGAGCGAGGGCCAUCACUCAGCUCUACUCGUCUGGACUACCGGGGCUAACUCUAGCUACAUGUGCUGAGGUCGAGGGGGAAGCUGAUCUCCACCACAACAAUGCCAACGGUUACUUUACCGCCGAAAGAGAACGCUCUCUUCAAGAGGAUUCUGCGAUGUUACGAACACAAACAGUACAGAAACGGGCUCAAGUUCUGCAAACAAAUCCUGUCCAACCCCAAGUUCGCAGAACAUGGAGAGACCCUGGCGAUGAAGGGCUUGACCCUCAAUUGUCUGGGGAAAAAAGAGGAGGCCUGCGACCUGGUGAGGAGAGGCCUGCGCAAUGACCUCAAGAGCCACGUCUGCUGGCACGUUUAUGGCCUACUGCAGCGCUCGGACAAGAAGUACGACGAGGCCAUCAAGUGUUACCGCAAUGCUCUCAAGUGGGAAAAGGACAACCUGCAGAUCCUCCGAGACCUGUCCAUGCUUCAGAUCCAGAUGCGAGACUUGGAGGGCUACAGGGAGACACGGUACCAGCUGCUGCAGCUGCGUCCAGCCCAGCGGGCUUCCUGGAUUGGCUACGCCAUCGCUUAUCACCUCCUGGAAGACUACGAGAUGGCUGCGAAGAUUAUUGAGGAGUUCAGGAAAACACAACAGACGUCUCCAGACAAAGUGGACUAUGAGUACAGCGAGCUGCUGCUGUACCAGAACCAGGUGCUGAGAGAAGCUGGCCUGUACAAGGAGGCACUCGAGCAUUUGUCCAACUACGAGAAGCAGAUCUGCGACAAACUGGCAGUGGAGGAGACAAGAGGAGAGUUGCUGUUAAAGUUGGAGCGUCUGGAAGAAGCAACAGAAGUUUACCGUCAACUGCAGGAGAGGAACCCAGAGAACUGGUCCUAUUACCGUGGCCUGGAGAACGCCUUAAAACCAAGCAGCGUAGAGGAGAGACACAAGAUCUAUGAGGACGCCUGGGAGAAGUUUCCCAAAGGACUGGUUCCUCGCCGUCUGCCCCUCAACUUUCUCUCUGGUGAGAAGUUCAGAGAGUGUCUGGACAGGUAUCUGAGGAUGAACUUCACUAAAGGCUGUCCGCCGGUCUUCACCACGAUCAAAUCACUGUACAACGACAAAGAAAAGGUGGCUAUAAUAGAGGAGUUGGUGGUCGGCUUUGAAACCUCUUUAAAAAGCUCUAGAAUGUUCAACCAGAACGAUGAUGGAAAGGAGGAGCCUCCGACCACAUUGCUCUGGACACAGUACUUCCUGGCACAGCACUAUGACUUAAUUGGCCAGCAGACACUGGCUUUAGAAUACAUCAACGCAGCCAUUGAGAGCACGCCGACGCUCAUUGAACUCUUCCUCAUCAAAGCCAAGAUUUACAAGCAUGCUGGGAACAUCAAAGAGGCUGCUCAGUGGAUGGAUGAGGCCCAGGCUCUUGACACCGCUGACAGAUUCAUCAACUCCAAGUGUGCCAAGUACAUGCUGAAGGCUGGCAUGAUCAAAGAGGCGGAAGAGAUGUGCUCCAAGUUUACACGGGAGGGAGCAUCCGCAGUGGAGAACCUGAAUGAAAUGCAGUGCAUGUGGUUCCAGACAGAGUGUGCACUCGCCUACAAGGGUAUGAACAAGUUUGGGGAGGCUCUCAAGAAGUGCCACGAGAUCGAAAGGCAUUUUGUGGAGAUCACAGAUGACCAGUUUGAUUUCCACACCUACUGCAUGAGGAAAAUGACGCUUCGCUCCUACGUGGACCUACUGAAGCUGGAGGACGUGCUCCGGAUGCAUCCGUUCUACUACAAGGCAGCCAUCACCGCCAUCCAGAUCUACCUGAGCCUCCAUGACAAUCCCCUGGCUGACGACAACAAGGAGCUACAGGCUGACACUGCUAACCUUUCGGACAAAGAGCUGAAGAAGCUUAGGAACAAGCAGCGGCGAGCCCAGAAGAAGGCCCAGCUGGAGGAGGAGAAGAAGAACGCUGAGAAGGAGAAGCAGCUAAAGAACCAGAAGAAGAAGAAGGAGGAUGAUGACGAGGAGAUCGGAGGGCCCAAAGAGGAGCUCGUUCCUGAAAAACUGGUCAAGGUAGAAAAUCCACUGGAAGAAGCAGUCAAGUUCCUGAUGCCUCUCAAACACCUGGUCAAAGACAAAAUCGACACACACCUACUGGCCUUUGAGAUCUACUUCAGGAAAGAAAAAUACUUGUUAAUGCUCCAGUCAGUGAAGGGAGCGCUGGCUAUUGACCCAGACCACCCAUGGCUACACCAGUGUCUAGUGCGCUUCUUUAAAGGAGUUUCUGAUAGCAAGGAGCUGCCGGAGGUGGUUAGGACUGUGCUGAAGCAGGAGAUCACCCGGCUGUUCGGUGACAGCAACGCCAAGAGCUUCAACCAGGCAUACCUCACCAAGCACUCUUACUCCGUACCACACAGACUGGCUGCUGCUAAGAUGAUGGUGUAUCUGGACUCAGCGACAGAAAUGAAGGCAGCGGAGCUGGCCACUGCACUAGAUGAAUCACUCAACAACAGAACCAUACAGAUAUGCACGGAUGUGCUGGAGUGUCUUUGGAGCGGAGUCCUAGGCGACUGCAAAGAGCGUGUGGAGGCGUACCGCGCUGAGUGUCACAAGCUUUACCCCUACACAUUAGCUUUCAUGCCCCCUGGAUACGAGGAGAACACCAAGAUCGCCAACGGAGACGUUUCUACAGAAACGGAGGAGCUAGCCAACGAGAUGUGAGCGCAAAAGAACAGCAGCGAUUGAGAAAAGGAAAUGGGCCGAGCACGGAGCCUUGUGGUACACCUGGCAGCCAUUUUGUAGAGCCAAACACGGGAAGCAAAAAUGGGUGUUUCGUCCAUUGGCUCAUCUUAUUUUGGUCUGACCUGGCAUG